UAACCGGCUACUAUCACCUGUUGCAAGUCGACCACAGCCAUACGUACGUGUAGGCCCGCUCUUACCUAAAGCCCCGCGAACGUGGAAAAAAGUGCGCGCGAAAUUUUUGGGAAUUUUUGACAUGUGCGGUUGUGUUUUUUGAAAAAACGGGCACGUUUCAUUCUUUCUGUUUUGAGAACGCAGACGGUAACAUGUAGAUAUAUUCGGUAAUAAUUUGUUAAGACUGUUUUUAAUUGUGAUUUUUGAACGUUUCUCGCGUUUGUGAUAUUUAUGUUCGUAUUUUAAGUUUUUUGACGUGUUUUUCUAUUAUUAUGGCGACCCACAAACAAUUGGAGGACGAGUGGAAGAUUAGUCUUAGGGAGGAUCCUUGCAUGUGGACUGAAGAAGAUCUCCAACUAGCUGCCGAGCUAGGAAAAACCCUUUUAGAAAGAAACAAAGAGCUCGAAAAUGCUCUCAGGCAAAGCCAAAUUAUUCGUGAUGACCAAGCUCAAGAGAUUAUGUAUCUCAACAAACAAACUAUUGCCUUGCGGGAAGUGAACGAAUCUCGGCUCAAGAUCUACGAACAGCUGGAGAUCAGCGUGAACGACUUGGAGAUAGUUAAGCACAAGUUGGGCAUCGACUAUGCGAAUGAGAAGAAGAGAACGAAGAACCUCUGCGUGACGAUUGAUAAUUUGGAGGCGAAGAACAACGAGCUGUUAAGCAAGAUCGACGACUUGUCGUUGCAGAUAGACCUAUUGAAGAAGAAGCUGGGACGGCAGGCUGAACACACCUCCACCCCACUCACGUCUCCAAUGUCCUCGAAGCAUUUCGGAAAUGGAUUCGGAGGAUCGCAACCGGCUAGCCCGGAGGCUCCUUCUUCUUCGCGAGUUAAUGACAGCUUCUCGACACCAAAAAAAGGAGACAAAAAGACUGAAUCCAAUGUAGAAACCUUGACGGAAGCGAUCUCAGUGGAUGACUCGGACGCACUUGAAGAAGUUUCCAAGCUACUGGCGCAGCUCAAGGAAGUUAAGUUGGCUCACACCAAGGAGCAGAGGAAAGUGGCCGAUUUGGAGGAGCAUCUUGACGCUCUUCAACAUCAGAACCGUGCUUUGGAGAACCAGGUCUUCCAAUUGCAUCAUAAAGGGGAUGAUUUCAAGAGUAUCCAUGAGGAGAUUUCACUUUUGGAAGAAGUCAGAAAAGGCCAAAUUUGCAGUCGAUGCCUCACGGAUCUCGAAUUUGUGGAACAACAAUCCCGAUUUGAGGACACUGAAGAAUUUGAAGAACCAAUACCGGAUGAUGAUGAUUCUAGUAUCCUCGAAGAACUUAUGAAUGCAACACCACCAUAUAUAUCUAAAUUCGAAUUAGAAGUAGAUGAUUACAAAGACACGCCACCACCCUCGAAAGAGUCACCGACAUCCAAAAACUGCUACAAGGAAUUCAUAGCGAAGUAUGAGCCCCUGUUCCAAGACCAAAUGAAGAAGACACCAGUGAAGAAACUGUUCGCUUCGCUCGACGAAGAACUCAGGAAUUCUGGUUACUCCAGCUUCGGAACGAAGGACAACGAUUAUGAGAGCAGUCACGAUGACGGAUCGUCAGAUAAGCAGAACGACAGCAAAAAAUCAAGGAAAAGCGCGUCUAGAACACCGACGGACUUCUCCGAAGCUGAGACCAGUUCUUCAGGUUUCGCAGACGAAACAUCGAACAGUUCUAAAUCGACGCAGACCGACUGUAUUUUAGGAUCCUUGCUCUGUUCCAUUACGGAUGGUGAAGAUUGUCGUCUUGGUGUCUACAACAUCGCAGAUAACCAUGCUAAACGCCACCCAGACUACAGAGAACUCUUCAACGAGAUUUACCAGGUUCUCAAGAAAGCUGCUGCAGAUGAUGAAGGUGUACCAACAAUACGCAAGCGAGAAUGUAAAGAUGUUUCUCUAAGUACCACAUGUUCCGAGACACAAAUGAGCAUCAGCAUCCCAGACACUCAAAGUGACGAUACAGCAAGUUUACAGUCCUCCACAAUUUCCUUAACAAUAGCUAUCCCUCAACUUAAAAAGGAAGAGACGGUAGUGAAACAGGAAGAACCCGAGAAGAAGGAAGAACCUAAGAAGAAGGAAGAACCUAAGAAGAAGGAAGAACCUGAGAAGAAAGAGGAACUGCAGAAGAAAGAAGAACCUGAAAAGAAGGUACAAGGAAAGAAGGAGCAAGGAAAGAAAGAGCAAGUGAAGAAAACCAAGCAGGAAAAGAAGACUGCUGAAAAGAAGGAGAAACAGGAGAAGAAAGACACUCAAGUCGAAGUGCCAUCACCACCAGCACCUGUUGUUGAGACACCUGCGCCAGUAGUAGUAGAAGAGCCGAAACCACAAGAGCUCGUUCUCAGACCCCUGAUCCGUGAAUCCUUCGAUUACAUCCACGUCGAGCGCCGCAAGAGGAGUUCUUCAAGGCGAAAGAACAGAAACGUUGAGCGUUCAGAUUCGCCAAUGACUCACAUAAUCGGUAGCCAACCCAUUAACUAUUCCAGUCGUCCAAACUCAGGCCGUCGGCGUAGAGAAUUAAAGUUGGCCCAGAGGACAUCGACUCCAGAGCCACCUAGCGAGAUGGCAUGGAACGGCAACACCCUGCAGUUUUGGUCGUCCAACAGGGCUAAUAUUUCAUCUCCAACCCCAAGCCAAAGCAGCGAAAGAGCGUUGUACGAGUUCAAACCAAGUGUAGCCUCUCAAGAGAUCAAGAAACUGAAGAACCUGGACAAGAGCUACGCCGAGGUGUUGAAGCUUGGAGAAGCCAGAAAAAGAGAACACCAACAGAGGCACAGAGCCACCAAAGGCACGGCACAACAUCGUUAGGUCUUCGUUUAUAAGAAGUCAAUCUGUUUCAUUUAAUUUACACGAAAUUAUUUAUUAAUAUUUUCCUUCGUCUUCGAUACUAGGCCGUCAAGUACACCGGACUUGCGGCUGUUGGAAUUAUUAACAUUGUUUUCUAAAUUUUAUAUAUUUUAUCCCAAUCCAAAUGGAAUACUCUUUCAUGUCUGUCAUCCUACUUGUAAUUAUUUCCAUUGUGUCAUCGUAUAUUAAGAUUUAGUGAAUAUAUCUUAUUUUAAACGUUUAUGUACAUUUUUUUUUUAAUUAGUUGUAGUUUUGAAAUUCCAAGCGAAAAUCCAUCGGUUUCAAUACUAAAGCCCGAAUUUCUUGUUUUAUUAUUUUUUGUGAUGUGUUACCCAAAGCUCAAUUCUAGAUUUAAAUGUGGCUUGUGGCAUCUAUUGAGUCACUUUUUCACGGAAUAAAUUAUUUCGUGGAAACUUUCGAGUGUAAUAUAUUUGAGGCGAAAUCGGAAAAGAUAAUAAUGAACAUAAUUUAUGUUUGUCAUUGAAGAUAUUUAUUCAUCAUCCAAAUAUUAAAGUUAAGAACUGAUUAUCACAUUGAUAGGCUUCCUAGCAUUCUUGAGUAUUGCGAGAAAGCCAUUGAAAAUAAUUAAUUUCACAAUACGAAACUUGGAAGUUCAAUGAAUACAUUUUUUCAAUUUCUCGAUGAAAACAUUUGAAUCGAUAGAUUAAUAUGAAUUGUAAGAAAUUCAAAUUGCAAUACUUAAGUAGGUACCGAAGAUUCUCUUACAAACCUAUGUAUUGAUUCCUUAAGGUCAUUUUUACCUAACGAAAAAGCUUCAUUAUAUCCAUGCAGAAGCUGUGUGCCAACCGUAAUUAGAGUAUUGUAACUUAAUAUAAGUUCUUUGGCCAAUUUUUAUUUUCAUUUCAUAAAGGAUUGCAUCGAGUGCGAAGAGAAAUUGUAAUGGAUUUGUGGAAUGGAAUUUGUGAAUGUAAUAUGUAUGCAAAAUGGUUUUAUAAAUCAGUGAAGCAUUUUUUUAGUAAUAUGAAUGUCAUAAACAUCUAGUGAUUACCUUUUAAAUUAUAUUUUGAUUGUUAAA